GGAGAGAAUCAGCAGCCAGAAAAGAGAAAGCAGAGAAAGGAGAAAGAGAAUGUAUGGUGAAAGACUAGCGCUUCCUUGCUUCUAUCCAGGGCCUUUGUGAAUAAACCAUGGGAUGUAUCGGCUCUCGAACCCUGACAGCAGAUGGAGUUCCCGUGCAGAAGGAUGGGGAACAGUUGUCCAUGGAGGACACAACCUCAAUCCUCCCUCGACUGAAGAAGCGGAACUCCAACGCCUAUGGAAUCGGCGCUCUGGCUAAGUCCUCUCUGACAGGUGUGUCAGGAGUGUCUCGCUCUAUGAAGGACAAGGUGACAAAGCCGACAGCGAUGGCCCAGGGGCGUGUGGCCCACAUGAUUGAAUGGCAGAGCUGGGGCAUGCAGACGGUGGGCGUGGGGGGCAGCAGAGCGGGACGCACCUCCAGUCUGCACCUCCAACAAGAGCGCACGCUGGAGAAUGAUGCAUACAGUGACCUCAGUGAUGGAGAGAAGGAGGCUCGCUUCGCUGCAGGUGUGCUCCAGCAGUUUGCGGUCUCUGAAGCAACGCUUUUGGCCUGGAGCUCUAUGGACGGCGAGAGCACAAGCGUUGGAUCUAAUCAGGGAAGCAUAGCCCACCUGAGCGAGGCAAACCAGGAAAGCAUCACAAGUCGAGACCAGAUAGUGCACCAUUCUUCUGCAGAGGUGUGGCCUCACAAUUACGUCUCCCAAGGUCUUUAUUGCCUUUCUUCCUCUGACGCUUGGGAGCCAAUUAGUAAUGAACAGUCAGGUGUGGUCUCUCCUGCCACCGGUUCAUAUGUCAUGGCUGUCGGGACUGAGGGAGGAUAUGACCCAAAUUCAGCAGCCCUCUCACAACAGCAACAGCAGCAGCAGUAUCAGAACCAGUUACAUCAGAUCCAGCACCUGCACCAGAUCCAUCAAUACCAGCAGCAACAGCUCCUGCAGUAUCAGCAACAGGUGAGUGAGAAAACUACAACUCCCAAACAAAUUUAUAAUUUUUUUAAAUACCACAAUGGAAACUUGAGCUGUUUUUCGGUCUAUUUGCAGAUGUUGGAGCAAAGACUGCAGAGUGCCACUCAGUCUUUACAAGUUACUCCUAACAGCACCAUCCACAGCCUGCCUCCCCUCACUCAUCCGCCAUUAGUGGAUCUGUGGGGGGCAGCGCAGACAGAGGCCUAUAUGACAGACAUGGUGGGCUACAUGGGUAGUCUGCCUGUAGCAUUAGAUGGAAAUCUAACAGCCCCCACAGAGGAGAUGACGACAGAUCACUCACCUUUAUUGGAAGCCCAGGAAGAGGAAGAGAUCAAAGAGGAAGAGGUAACGUUAUAUAUGGAACCAGAACCAGUAACAUUAAUUCCAUCUCCAGUAACGCAGGAAGUGACCUCGACGGGAGGAAGCAUUUCAGGUCAAGCCCCUGGAGAGUCCAGCACAGAGCGCAAGGCGUCUGAUGUCUCACCAUCUGUCAUUGAAGAGCUUGAGGAAAAGGAGUCGUCCGAAUCAUCAUCUGUAGACAUCACGGCAACCAACUAAGUGGCCGGCAUUAAACUUGAGCUGGUUAUGAAAGACAUUUCAAUCAGCAUUAUCAAACAAUAUCAACUCCUAUUUCAGGAAUCAAACACCAUUGUGAUGGAAUUCAAGUGACUGCUCGAACCCAAAAUGGAAAAGCAGAACUGAAAGUUACAGCACUGCUUACGUGAACACUAUAAUAUUUUAAUGUUACUUUUUAUUUCUUUUGUAAGCCUUAUAUUAUGGAUGUCUGAAAAAGGAAGGCACAGAA